GAUGAUGAUGAUGAUGGUGAUGAUGAUGAUGAUGAUGACGAUGAUGAUGUUGAUGAUGUUGAACACGAUGAUGAUGAUCUUGAUCAUGAUGAUUACGGCAAAAUGCUGAUGAUGAUUGUAAUGAUGAUGACCUCGGAUAUGAAUGUAAUAAUUAUCCAUUUUUAUCCUACACAUGUAAUGGAAGUACUGAAACAUGCAGUCUAG